AUGUCGGCAGAACAGGUUGCGACCAAGUACACGCAGUUGCAGGGCGAAUUGGAGGAGCUGGUGGUGACCAGACAGAAGCUGGAGACGCAGCUGCAGGAGAACAAGAUCGUGAACGAGGAACUGCAGGCGCUGCAGCCCGAAACGCAGGUGUACAAGCUCACGGGGGGUGUGCUGCUGCCUGUGGAGCAGGAGGAGGCGGAGGGCAACGUGUCGAAGCGGCUGGAGUUCAUUGAGGGCGAGAUCCGGCGGUGCGAGCAGAACAUCAAGCAGAAGCAGGAGGAGAUGGAGGGCGCAAGGGCGGCGCUGGUGAAGCUGCGCGGAUGA